AUGAUCGCGAGAGCGUCGCGUUUACGCCGAUACCGGGAAUGUGGCGUCAUGGCGGAGGCGUGGAAACGCGUCACGGGCGAUCUAUACGAGCCAGCCGUCGAACGGGUCCUACGUCUCGAGCCCAGGACGGUGGAAGCGAUCCUGAACGGCACAGAGAUCACCAGGGACCACAUGACACCAGAGAUCAAGCUGUUCCUCCUGACGCCUAAUUGCGCGUUGUAUCGCGCACCGUUUCGAGAUGUCUCGGAGAAGAACGAGACCGUGAGGAACGUCUUCAGCGACCCCUUCUGGUCCAUUUAUUGGCCAGGUGGACAGGCCUUGGCGAGGUUCGUCCUGGACGAAGGGCAGAAACUCUUCUCGACGUCGAGGAAAGACGGGGGAAGGAUCUUGGACGUGGGGGCAGGAUGCGGAGCGGUCGCCAUUGCUGCGAAACUGACGGGAGCUAGGAAGGUCGUCGCCAACGAUAUCGAUAAAGUCGCGUGCGCGGCUAUCGCGAUGAACGCGGCGUUGAACCACGUGGACGUGCAGGUGUCGCAAGAGAAUCUGUUGCAUCGUCCACCGGAGAAGCCAAACGACGUCAUCUUCGUCGGGGACAUGCUGUACGACGAAGAGAUCGCCGCUGUUCUGAUCCCGUGGCUCGAGCUAGCGCGGACGAAUGGAACGCGAAUCUAUCUGUCCGAUCCAGGACGACACGGUCUGACCACCGACUUGAAGAAACGACUGAAACCGCUUAGGCGAUACUCCUUGCCAGAGAAUGUCCGAAAAGAAAAUUUCGGUCACGAUACAUGUGACAUCUGGGAGUUCCGUGGGACGCGUGUGAACCAUUCCUGAAUAAACAGUUUCGUGUCGUGUUCCAUUUGGCUGUAAAAAGAAAUUUUAGAU